CAGGCUGUUGGUUAUCACAUUCUUCAUAGAAUUGUUGAGGGAGAGAAGAAGGAAUACAGAGGGAGGUGAAGCAGCUGUGAUCUUCUUCCCUUUAAAAAGUCACACCAAAAGCCAACCCAGAGAGGCUACUUCUGCAUGCCUUCUUAGUUCCCAUCUGGUCAAACAGCACCCACCCAUCCAUAUUUUUCUCUCCAUCUCCAUACGUUUCUCAUUUCCUUUUCCCUCCCAACUUCCUCCCAUCUCUUUUGUUCUCCUCUGUCUUAACUACUCCUAUCCCAUCCAUUAAACUACAUGGGCAUUUCUUCUUCUUUAUAUCUCCCACUUCCUCAUUUGUCUCCAACUCCUCACACCUUCAGCCUUCCUUGCUUCCAAGCAUAAGCGCACAAUCUAAAAACACACACAUUUUUUUUUUUCCUAAGUUCGCAUCAUAUCUUCCCUUCUUACUCAGUAACAACAUGAAGGAAGGGGAGAUGAGGAGCUCGGCAGGGCAGGUGAUGUUGGAGAUAGAGUCGAACAAGCCGGUGGGGAAUGGAAUUGUGGUGGCGGGGCUCAGCCCACUGAGUGAGACUCUGUGGAAGGAGAAGACUGAUACAGAAUUCAUCGGCGACGUGUCGGCGAGGCUCACCUGGAAAGACUUAACGGUGACAGUGACUUUGGCCAAUGGAGAGACACAGAAGGUCUUGGAGGGGCUCACCGGGUACGCCGAGCCGGGGACUAUUACAGCCCUGAUGGGCCCGUCGGGGUCCGGGAAGUCGACGCUCCUCGACGCACUCUCUAGUCGUCUUGCCACUAAUGCUUUCCUCUCUGGAACUAUCCUCCUCAAUGGCAGGAAGACGAAGAUGUCUUUUGGGACUGCGGCAUAUGUUACCCAAGAUGACAACUUAAUCGGUACUUUAACAGUGAGGGAGACAAUAUCAUACUCUGCGAGCCUCCGGCUUCCUGAUAAGAUGCCACAGGAGGAGAAAAGAGCUUUGGUGGAGGGCACCAUAGUUGAAAUGGGGCUCCAAGAUUGUGCUAACACUGCGAUCGGUAACUGGCAUCUGCGUGGUGUAAGUGGAGGGGAGAAGAGGAGGGUCAGCAUUGCCCUUGAGAUCCUCAUGAGACCCAGACUGCUCUUCCUCGACGAGCCCACGAGCGGUCUUGAUAGUGCUUCAGCUUUCUUUGUUACACAAACUCUGCGCGGUCUAUCAAGAGGUGGAAGGACAGUCAUAGCCUCAAUUCACCAACCAAGCAGUGAAGUUUUUGAGUUAUUCGAUCGCUUGUUCCUGCUCUCAGGGGGAAAAACUGUUUACUUUGGGCAGGCUUCAGAGGCAUGUGAGUACUUUGCCCAAGCCGGAUUCCCUUGUCCAUCUCUAAGAAAUCCUUCAGAUCAUUUCCUAAGGUGCAUAAACGCAGACUUUGAUAAGGUGAAAGCUACUCUAAAGGGAUCGAUGAAAACUAAGUUUGAGAGAAGUGAUGAUCCACUAGAGAAAAUAACUACAACAGAAGCUAUCCGAAGGCUAACAGAACUUUACAGUCAUUCCCAAUAUUAUUAUGCAGCAGCAGAGAAAGUGGAUGAAAUUGCCCGAGUUAAAGGAAUGGUGUUGGAUUCAGGAGGCAGUCAGGCUAGCUUCUUCAUGCAGGCUUUCACUUUAACCAAGCGCUCAUUCAUGAACAUGUCUAGGGAUUUUGGUUAUUAUUGGUUGAGGCUUGUGAUUUACCUUGUUGUGACCAUUUGCAUAGGAACCAUUUACUUGAAUGUUGGAACCAGCUACAGCUCCAUUCUGGCUAGGGGUGCAUGUGCUUCUUUUGUUUUUGGCUUCGUCACAUUUAUGUCUAUUGGAGGAUUCCCUUCGUUCGUGGAAGAUAUGAAGGUUUUUCAAAGAGAACGGCUCAAUGGACACUAUGGUGUGUCAGCUUUUGUCAUUAGCAAUACACUUUCGGCGAUGCCAUUUCUAAUCUUGAUAACCUUUGCCUCGGGAACCAUAUGCUAUUUUAUGGUACGCCUUCACCCAGGUUUCAUGCAUUACCUGUUCUUCGUCUUGUGCCUCUAUGCUAGUGUCACUGUCGUUGAGAGCUUGAUGAUGGCCAUAGCCAGUGUAGUUCCCAAUUUCCUCAUGGGAAUCAUCAUAGGUGCUGGAAUUCAGGGAAUAUUCAUGCUGGUAUCUGGGUAUUUUAGACUCCCAAAUGACAUUCCAAAACCCUUUUGGCGAUACCCGAUGUCUUACAUCAGCUUCCAUUACUGGGCACUGCAGGGUCAAUACCAAAAUGAUCUGAGAGGUCUUAUAUUUGAUAACCAGUCACCUGACCUCCCAAAGAUUCCUGGAGAGUACAUACUUGAGAAUGUUUUCCAGAUCGAUGUGAACCGAUCAAAAUGGUGGGACUUGUUAGUUCUCUUCAGCAUGAUUGCCAUGUACCGAAUCUUGUUCUUUAUCAUGAUCAAGGUAAGUGAAGAUGUGACUCCAUGGAUUAGAGGCUACGUUGCAAGAAGGCGGCUUCAACACAAGAAAAACAGUAACAAGCAUGCUUCUGCGGAUCUUGCCAACAGGACACCUUCACUCAGGGCCUACGUAGUUGAAGCAGAAGCAAGUUCCACCGGAACAAGUUAAAGAAACGUAAUUUAAAUUUCAGAAGAGGAUAUAUGUGAUACUUAAUGUUGUUUCAUUCUAACCAAACACCAUACAUGCAUGUCCAUGGUGUGAUUAAAGUUUAUUUUGCGCUUAUAUAUAGCACAUUAUAGAGAGAGAGAGAGAGAUUGCUGGAGCAAAUUGAUGUUCAACCUCUAUGAGAGGUAACUGUCAUCUAAGUUUAUAGUUCAAUUGCUUUCAUAGUUCUGCCAGUAUUAAAA